AUGGAUCCCAACAACCCCAACCAGUCGACCCCACAGGGCCCUUCAGGCCGCCGUCUGCACAUUGCACACAGGCGCAGCCCAUCUGAGAUGACGCCGUUGAUGAUGGAGCAGCUCGCUCUUGCACAGCAGAUUGAAAUGCUUCAGCAGCAACAGCAGCAAAUCGCUGCCACCCACCAGCAAUAUGUCAACAUGGGCAUGAUCCCACAACAGCAGCAACUGCCCAAUCAAUACCAGCAGUUGCAGGGCCAGAUGCAGAACCUCAACAUCUCGCCAAACCCCAACCAGAUGCAAUUCCAGCAACAACAGCAGCAACCAAUGGGUAUCCCCAUGACUAGUGGCAUGGGUGCACCCAACGCACAUCGGCGGAACCAGUCUGCCAUGCCGAACAUGGGCAUGGGCCCUCCGCCAGCUCCAUCCAGCGGAGCAUCCGGCUUCAACGAUUUCAAUUUCCCUGGUGCUCAGAACCAAAACCAGAACCGCAAUGAGAACAGCGCCCCGCGCGGAGGUCGCGGAGGCGGACAAGGAGGUGGACAUGCGCGCAGACACUCCCUGGCCCUACCGGAAGCGAAGAAAGCUGCUGAGCUUGCAGAGGCCAAGCGCAAGACCACUGGCUUUCAAUUCCCGAUCCCGAACGCUGGAGGCUCUUCGCCUGGAAGCACAAACCGGGACCUCAGCCCUGCACAAGGCUCGAGCGAGACUGCGCAAACACCAUCCAGCGCAACUCGUGGAGGCUAUGCUGGUCGCGGACAUGGCCGUAGCCAGAGCAUGGCUGUCGGCAACGGCCGAGGCAUGGCCGCAAGCAGCCGUGGCGGUCCGCAGGGCUUCCAGUUUCCACCUCCACAAGCAACCAACGAUGGUGGUGCCAACACCUCCGACCUCAACCGCCGUGGCAGCCAGGGACAUGGUCGCACCGGCUCUCGCAACUUUGAGGGCAACUGGCGCCAGCAGCAGCCGCCUACCGUCAACGAGCCUCAAGAGCAGAACAUGGGCAACUUCCAGAUGAACCAGCAGCAAAUGGGCAACUUCCAGCCUGGCCAUCGCCAGCGUGGCUCCAUGGCUGCGCAGUCCAUGAACUCCAUCCAAGGCUUCAACCAGUUCCAGCAGCCACAGCUCGUUCAGCUGCCGCAGGGACAAAUCCUUAUGCAGCAACCGAACAUCUACGGCCAGCCACUCAAUGCUCUUCAACUUGCCCAGUUGCAAGCCUACCAGCAGGCCGGCAUUCAAGCACCGACCCUUGCCCAGCUCACCGGCCAGCACAACGCUCCUGGCCUGCCACUCCAGGGCAACCAGCAGCAACGCAAGACCUUGUUCACUCCUUACCUCCCGCAAGCAACGCUCCCAGCUUUGCUUGCUGAUGGCCAGCUCGUGGCUGGUGUGCUUCGUGUGAACAAGAAGAACCGCAGUGACGCCUACGUUACGACCACCGACCUCGAUGCCGACAUCUUCAUCUGCGGUAGCAAGGACCGCAACCGUGCCCUCGAGGGUGAUAUGGUCGCUGUCGAGCUCCUCGAUGUUGAUGAAGUCUGGGGCCAGAAGCGCGAGAAGGAAGAAAAGAAGAAGCGCAAGGAUGUUAGUGACCAGCGCACUGGAAGUAUUCACACGGUCAACGAUGCCACCACGCAGCCAGAGAGUGCUUCGGCUGCUCAGGAGGGUGGUCUUCGUCGCCGUGGCAGCUUGAAGCAGCGCCCAACGCAGAAGAAGAAUGAUGACGUCGAGGUUGAAGGCCAAAGCCUACUACUCAUGGAGGAGGACGAGAUCAACGACGAGCAGAAGCCGUUGUACGCCGGCCACAUUGUUGCUGUCAUCGAGCGUGUUGCGGGCCAGAUGUUCUCUGGUACUCUUGGCCUCCUGCGUCCCAGCAGCCAGGCUACCAAGGAGAAGCAGGAAGCCGAGCGCCAGGCUCGCGACGGUGGCAACCACCCACGCCAGCAGGACCGCCAACAGGACCGUCCGAAGAUCGUCUGGUUCAAGCCAACCGACAAGCGUGUCCCUCUGAUUGCCAUCCCGACUGAGCAGGCUCCGAAAGACUUUGUUGAGCAUCACCAAGACUACGCGAACAAGAUCUUCGUGGCGUGCAUCAAGCGCUGGCCCAUCACCUCGCUCCACCCAUUUGGCACACUUGUUGAGCAGUUAGGUGACGCCGGCGACCUUAAGGUGGAGACUGACGCGUUGCUCCGCGACAACAACUUUGGCCCGGAUGAUUUCUCCGAUGCAGUGAUCAAGAAUGUCGGCUACGAGGAUUGGUCCGUCGAAGCUGAUGGCGAAGCUGCACUUGAAGGCCGUCGCGACUGCCGUGAGGAGAACACGUUCACGAUCGACCCGAACGGCUCGAAAGAGCUUGACGACGCCAUCCACUUCAAGGACCUUGGAGAUGGACAAGUCGAGAUCGGUGUCCACGUUGCGGACGUUGCUCACUUUGUGAAGCCCAACAGCCUGGUCGACCGCGAAGCCAAGAAGCGUGGCACUGGAGUCUACUUGAUGAAUAGGACGGUCAACAUGCUCCCGGCCAAGCUCUCUCAGGACAUCUGCUGUCUCAGCCCCGACGAGGAGCGCUACACCGUUUCGGUCGUCUUCAAGGUGAAUGCGGCUACCGGCCGUGUCAUUGAUGACGAGACCUGGAUCGGCAAAGGUGUCAUCAAGAGCACAGGCAAGUUGCAGUACGAAGAGGUCGACGCCGUUAUCAACGGUGCUUCCGCUUCCCAGGCUGGUGUCAGUGAAGAACGAGCGACUCAGAUCUUGACACUGCACGAGCUCGCCAACAAGUUCCGUCAAGCGCGCUUUGGAGGCGAUACUGUCACCAACAUCCCGCCGCUUCGCUUGCUGUACCAGCUUGACGACGAGAAUGUGCCUGUCGAGCAGAACAUCUUCGACUCCAGCCCCGCCCACGAGAUGAUUGAGGAGAUCAGCCACAAGACCAACUGCGUCGUGGCGCAGAGGAUUGUUCAGGCCAUGCCUGACCGAGCACUUCUCCGGAAGCAGGCCAGCCCCAACCCGCGCCGUCUGAAGCUGUUUGCCGAGCGCAUGAACAACAUUGGCUACGACAUUGACAUCUCGACAUCCGCCUCUCUCCAGAACAGCCUCUUCCGCAUUGAGGAUGAGGAGGUUCGCAAGGGUAUGGAGACGCUCGCCGUCAAGGCCAUGGGUCGUGCCAAGUAUGUCAUCCCCGACAAGGCUCCCGAGGGCAUCUUUGACCAUUACGCCCUCAACUUGCCGGUGUACACGCACUUCACAAACCCGAGCCGGCGCUACGCCGACAUUGUCGUCCACCGCCAACUCGAGUCCGUCCUGUCCGGCGGUUCCAUCGAGUUCAACGAGGACGUGGAGGCUCUGGCGAAGACCGCCGAGACCUGCAACACCAAGAAGGACUCGGCUCAUGCUGCCCAAGAGCAGAGCGUGCACAUCGAAUCCUGCCGCAUGAUGGCCCGGAAGUCCGAACAGCAAGGCGGCGACCUCAUCUCCGUCGGCAUCAUUGUCUGCGUGUACGAGUCGGCCUUCGACGUGCUCAUCCCGGAAUAUGGUUUCGAGAAGCGCGUGCACUGCGACCAGCUGCCGCUGAAGAAGGCCGAGUUCGACAAGAACAAGCGUCUUCUCGAGCUGUACUGGGAGAAGGGCGUGCCGUCCUCGGCCUUUGUCCCGGAGGACGAGCGUCCGCAGACCAAGGGCCAUCGCCCAACUAACAGCUCUGUCGCCCGCGAGACUGCGGCCAAGAACUACGCGAGCCAGGAGGCGGAGCGCAAGGCCAUGAACACCGGCACGAUCGAUAGCAACGACGUCGACGCCCUGUUCGACGAUGACGACGACAACGCCUCCGAGGCGACCGACAACGCUUCCGGCGUCGCUGUCAACGGCGACCGCGACCCAUCUUCGCCGCAGCGCAGCAAGAACGCUUCCGCUCCUGAGGCGAAGCUCAGCAAUAAGGAGAUGUAUCUGGAUUUGUUCACGCUGCGCGAGGAGGGCGGGAACUACAUCCAGGAUGUACGGGAGAUGACGCGCGUGCCGGUGCUGUUGAAGACGGAUUUGACGAAGAGUCCGCCGUGCUUGACCAUUCGGUCGCUUAACCCUUAUGCGUUGUGA